CCAAAAUGGCGGACACAAUGAGCCGGCGACGCGCCGGUUGUCCGUGAGGUGGCUGUGAAGACGAACAGACGGCGAGGCUCCGCAGUUCAGGCAGAAGACCCUCGUCCAAGCAGGAGGAAGAGGAGGAGGCGGCCCAACUGUUGGCCGACUUCCCUCUAGCCGCCGGCGCGGCGCCCGCCCCGCCUGGGUUGGCCCCUCGGCAGCCCGCCCGUUCGCCGCCGGGCCCCGCCCCGGUCCUGCGCCGCCGCUGCCUUCCUCAGCCGCCGCCAUGAAGCUGACCGAUAGCGUGCUGCGGAGCUUCCGCGUCGCUAAGGUGUUCCGCGAAAACUCGGACAAGAUUAACUGCUUCGAUUUCAGCCCCAACGGCGAGACGGUCAUCUCGAGUAGCGACGACGACUCCAUCGUGCUCUAUGACUGCCAGGAGGGCAAACCAAAGAGAACCCUGUACAGUAAGAAAUAUGGCGUGGACCUCAUCAGAUACACUCAUGCGGCAAACACAGUUGUUUACAGCUCUAACAAAAUAGACGAUACUAUUCGUUACUUGUCCUUGCAUGACAACAAAUACAUCAGAUACUUUCCUGGACAUAGCAAAAGGGUGGUGGCCUUGUCCAUGUCACCUGUGGAUGACACUUUCAUUUCUGGGUCUCUAGAUAAGACCAUUCGACUCUGGGAUCUCCGGUCUCCUAACUGCCAGGGCCUCAUGCAUCUGCAGGGGAAGCCAGUUUGUUCUUUUGAUCCAGAAGGGUUAAUUUUCGCUGCAGGUGUCAACUCUGAAAUGGUCAAACUUUAUGACCUUCGUUCUUUUGACAAGGGGCCAUUUGCUACCUUUAAGAUGCAAUAUGAUCGAACUUGUGAGUGGACAGGACUUAAAUUCAGCAAUGAUGGCAAGCUCAUCCUCAUUUCCACCAACGGCAGCUUCAUUCGUCUCAUUGAUGCAUUCAAAGGAGUGGUGAUGCACACGUUUGGGGGUUAUGCCAAUAGCAAAGCUGUCACACUGGAGGCUUCAUUUACUCCAGACUCUCAGUUUAUUAUGAUUGGUUCAGAGGAUGGCAAGAUCCAUGUCUGGAAUGGAGAGAGCGGUAUAAAAGUAGCUGUGUUGGAUGGUAAACACACAGGCCCGAUUACCUGUUUGCAAUUCAACCCCAAGUUCAUGACUUUUGCCAGCGCAUGUUCCAACAUGGCCUUUUGGUUGCCCACCAUUGAUGACUGACCCUGAUGCUGCUCGGCUAUUUCUGUACAGUGAGGGCGGCCAGCAGGAAGAUACUCAGAGGGGACUGAGAUAAUAGUGGGAUUGGAUCAUUUGACUGGGCUGGAGAACAUCCUUUUACAUGGCCUUCCCAUGGAUGUGCUGUACAUCUGCUCAAAAGAAAAUAAUUACUUUGAUGAGCGUCUUCAAAAGGACUCUUGGUGCAACAGACUGAAUUGGAACUCAGCUUUUCUAGCUGUCACUGCACCAAGCUCUGCUAGAGGAGCGACUGGACUCACAAUUUGGUAUAGUGGGGCUCUCAAGCAUCUUCAAUUUGAAUGUACAUUCUGCUGAGGAGCCAGUGAAGUCAUCAGUUCCUCACAUCCCUUCUCCUACCCCCCAACUGCAUGGGAAGUCACAGUCCUGGUUUUGAAAUGCUCGGGCAGCUCAGCCGCUUGCCCUCACCCUGCAUGUCUUGUUACUGGGUCUCCCUGUGUACUUGUGGCAUUAUCCACAACCAUCAUGUUUCUUAGGUGCCAAACAUUUACAGAAACAUUUUCAUAUAUCUUGGGGUCAGAGAGAGGGACAGAUACAGAAGGAAGUCAUGCAGUUAGUUUCUGCAGUUAGUCGUGUGAGGCUAGGUGGUCGGGCAGGCCUCAGGCUGUCGGUGUUGGGUGGGAAAAGACCCAAGGGCCUGAAAGGGACGGAAAGGGGAGGGUAGCGGGAGGGUAGCAGGUGAGUUCCUAGGGCUGGAAGGUUUAGCAGCAGCCUGGUGCAGUGCCCUGUCUCAACACAAACCCACAGUCCUCCUGGGUGCCUACCAAGCUUGGUUUGUACAAAAGCAAGGUGGGAGUCUAUUUUUGUACAUGAGAUACAUCACACUUUCCUGUGGGCCAGUAUUGUGAAGUGAGUCUGAG